AUGCACAUCACACUGAAAUGCGAAGGAAAAGAAUACCCAAUGACUGUUGAAGAGACAGACGACGUUAUGACAGUAAAAAUGCGACUGGACAAUGUCAUUGAUCUCUCCGUUGACCGAAUGGAAUUGCAUUUCAACGCCCUCAUUAUGGAGAAAAACGGGUAUCCGAUAGUGAAAUAUGGCGUAACAGACGGUUCCGAAAUUGUGGUGAGGGUUUUACCAAACCAACUGCACACAUCACUUCUCUUUCCUUCGGGAGCUAUUUAUAGUACCGCUGCAAUUCUUUUAAUCUUCUUCUCGACACACAACCACUUCCCAAGCUUGGAGGAAACUACUGAAGCCACAGCUCUGAUCAGUUCAAUUGUUCUUAUCAUUUACUUGGGCGUCAAAAGUAUUCUUUCGUUGACGAUUGAUGUUCCUUCGAAAAGCACGAUUGGUGUCUACAGAGCAAUUGCGACUUCGAUGUCUAUUGUCGCCAUCUGCAUCAUGUUGACGUACGACGUGUGUCACAGGAAAAGUGAGACAUCGGUGCUGUCGACGAUCGUUGGUGGAAUUAACUGUAUGAGCUGCUUGGCGGGGUUGUUGUAUCACCACUCGUACUUUUCAUCAUGUUAUAAUCAGUACAACGAAUUGGUUGACUUUCCACAAAACAUAUUGUACCGGUACAUUUCCUGCCCAAAUCUGUUGUUUGAGGCACUCUUCUUUACUGCAUUUAUGAUAUGCACAUCAUUCACAGUGACUUCCGUAUUGUUGUGUGUUGCUGCUUGGACGUUU